AUGCCUGGUUACCGAGGGUCGAAGAGAACCCUCGAGGAGAUCGCGAUGCAAGAGGACUCGGACGAUGAAGACUACGAUGACAAAGCCCCCGGCCCUUCGAGAUCGCGCGCGACGAGAUCCAGACGACAUAGUGCUCCAGCCCGUAAGAAGCGACGCCGGGGAUACAAAGGCUCCGAUGUCGACAGCGACGAUGAUGAGCUGCUAUCCGACGAGGAAGAUUCUUUCGAUGAUGGGUCGGAAGAAGAGGAGAUCGAGACGAACGAGAGAGGAAGACCUGUUCGACAGAGCACCAAGAAGGCUGUCAAGUAUGAAGAAGAAGACACAGAAGAAGAUGAGCUGUCACGGACGACUUCAGAAGAAUCCGAGACUCCAAAAGCCAAAAAGAACUCCAAAAAGCUAAUUAUUACCCUCAAGACCGGUGGCACGCCUGCUCGGCCUACUCGCAACCUGAGGAACAGAAGUGGAAGCUACGGUGGCAAACAACCCUCCAGCUCGUCAGCUCCACAUCCUGCGGCUACGAGAAGGAGCAGUCGUCUCUCGCAUGACGAGGAGGAGCCCGUGAUAGCGUUGACCAAUUCAGGUAAUCAUGUCGAGGUGGUUCGAGCUGGCUCUCGAGAUCCGGAGGGUAUUCCCUCCAGAGUAAUGAAAGGGGGAAAGGGCCUCAAAUACCCAUCAAAGAGCACUAUUGAUGAAGAGUCAGAACAGUUGCCGAAUGAAGAGGAAGAAGGUGAGGAAGAGCUGGAGAUCAAAGCUUCACAACAUGAAGUUCUCGACAGUGAUCCUCAAACCAUGGAAGAAGGCGCCGAAGCCCUCCCCAAAGUCGCCUCCAAUAUCUUCGACGUUGCAGAGGCCGAGAGUGAUGGUGACUUUGCCGGCAAUGAAGCGCCUGCCACUCAGGAAGAAGAAGAGGACGAGGACGAUGUAGUGCCGCGCCGAGGACGAUUAACGCGUGGGUCAUCCAAGAGACAAGCAGAGUCGCCUGAAUUCGAACCAGACGAUUUGCCGAAGCGCUUGCGUGGCCGUUCUCUGAGGAGUGGCACAAAAGCGGCUUCGGGGAGUCGCCGACGCAAAGCCCAAGAUGAAAGUAGCGACUUCGACCCAGAGGAAGAACAGGCCAACCAGGACGACAUGUCGAGCUCUAGCGAGUCGAACGCAUCGCCUCGCAAAAAGAGUCGUGGCGAUGACGACUACGAAAGCAGUAACAACGGCCGAAGAUCAACUCGGCUUCGCAGCAAGGCUGCGUCCCGUCAACGAUCCGAAGCCAGUGAUCUCGAGGAGGAACUUGCAGCCGAAGUGGCGGACCUAAAGCGCGACGGAAAGAAACCGAGACAUCCCAGAGAAGAGAUUGUAUUCGAACCUCGAGGACCUCGAGGACGACGUGGUGGAAAGAAACCAAACUACGAUCUACUCCGAAAUCUUGUCCCCAUUGAGGACGAGGAAGAGCCGGCACCGUCUCCGUCGCAAAGACCUCGCAAGCCCGGUGCUGGCAGCUGGCAGCGAAGUUUAUUCAACACCUAUGGUCCUUUUGGAGGAGCGGGCGGUCUGACACCAGUGCUUGGAGGUGGUCCUCAGGGCGCAAGAGCUCAAGGUGGUGUCGAUUCCGAUAGCAGUGACGAUGAAGUCAUGAAGCAACCCAAGGCUAUUGGUGGCACGGUCGGAAUGACUCCCACCACGGCCGGAGGCUUCAACAUGUUUCCCCAAACACUCAAUGCCGACGCCCCCCAGGCCGCUGCCGCCGGAACUCCAGCCAAUCUAGGGAAGAUCAAAGACAAGAAUGCCCUUGCAGAUGCUGACCCUCUCGGAGUCGAUCAGAAUGUGAACUUCGACAGCGUCGGUGGUUUACAAGGACACAUCGAUCAGUUGAAAGAGAUGGUUGCACUGCCUUUGCUCUAUCCUGAGAUUUUCAUGCGAUUCAAGAUCACACCUCCGCGUGGUGUCCUCUUCCAUGGUCCGCCCGGAACAGGUAAGACGCUGUUGGCCAGGGCUUUGGCAACGAGUGUCAGCUCUCAAGGCCGCAAAGUCACUUUCUAUAUGCGCAAGGGUGCUGAUGCGUUGAGCAAAUGGGUGGGGGAAGCCGAAAGACAACUCCGUUUACUUUUCGAAGAAGCCCGGAAGAAUCAGCCGAGCAUAAUCUUCUUCGAUGAGAUUGACGGUCUCGCUCCUGUUCGCUCGAGCAAGCAGGAGCAAAUUCAUGCAUCCAUCGUCUCUACGUUGUUGGCUUUGAUGGAUGGCAUGGAUGGGCGAGGGCAAGUCAUUGUCAUAGGUGCAACCAACAGACCUGAUUCAAUCGAUCCGGCUUUGAGAAGACCUGGGAGAUUUGAUCGAGAGUUCUAUUUCCCUCUUCCAGACACUGAGGCACGACGAGCCAUCAUCGACAUACAUACCCGGGGCUGGGAUCCACCGUUGCCUUCCGCUAUCAAGGAUGAAUUAGCGGAAUUGACCAAAGGUUAUGGUGGAGCAGACUUGCGAGCAUUGUGUACAGAAGCGGCGCUAAAUGCAGUGCAGCGGCGGUAUCCACAAAUCUACAAUUCGACUCAGAAGCUUGUCAUCGAUCCCAAGACGAUCGAGGUCACGCCAAAGGACUUUAUGAUUUCCAUCAAAAAGAUGACCCCUUCCUCGGAGCGAUCGACGUCUUCCAGUGCUUCUCCUCUCCCACCCAGCGUGGCACCAUUAUUACGGCAGCAGCUGAAUCAAAUACAACAGCUCCUAGCCGAAGUCCUGCCACAGAGGAAGAAAUUGACGGCGUUGGAAGAAGCUCAGUUUGAAGACGUGGCGGAUGGUCACAGUUUCGGCAGGGAGAAAAUGCAACAGGCCUUCGAAACGAUCCGGAUUUUCCGUCCUCGACUUCUUAUACACGGAAAAGUGGGCAUGGGUCAGCAAUAUCUUGCUGGGGCUUUACUCCACCAUUUUGAAGGGCUUCAUGUGCAAGCUUUUGACCUUCCUACAUUGUUGAGUGAUACGACAAGCUCACCGGAAUCAACUGUCAUCAGGCUCUUCUCGGAAGUGAAAAUGCACAAGCCUAGUGUCAUCUACAUUCCCAAUGUUCAAGAAUGGUACAACAUGGUCGGUCCAACCGUGAUUUCGACCUUCUUGGGGCUGUUGAGAUCCAUCAAACCGACCGAUCCGGUUCUCCUGCUUGGAUUUGUGGAAGGCGAGCCAGCCGACAUUGACGAAAGUAUGCGACGCGAGUUGUUUGGAUAUUCCAAGAAGAAUCAAUUCGAAUUAAGGCAAUCGACUCAUGCGGAGCGAUUUGAAUUCUUCAGCAGUGUCAAAGGAUACAUUCGGACGGCACCUGAUGAUUUCCCCGACCCCGAAAAUCGGAAGAAGCGUCCUUUUGAACAGCUCGAAGUUGCACCUCCUGAACCCGAAAAACCUGCACCCCCAUUGACGAAGGAAGAGCUCAAAGCACAGAAAAAAAGAGAUCGCCAAACGCUCAAUAUGCUGAAGAUCCGCCUUCAACCUAUCAUGGAUCAAAUCCGAACCAAGCAUAAGAAAUUCCGCACGGGCGUUAUUGACGAAGGCCAAAUUCGUUAUCUGUAUGAUGAAGCUGACCCGGGUACUGUCACUUCCGACCUCCACACCGAGAUCUUGGCUAGGGCAUCCUUUCGGCCUUUUGAAAUUGGUAAAGAUGCCCACGGUGUACCUGGUUUGGUUGAUCAGGCAAAUGGCAAAUUCUACUACAAUCUCGAUUCUGUGACAAUUGAGAAACGUUUGAGUAAUGGGUACUACAAACGACCCAAGGAUUUCUUGGCCGAUAUCAAACGCUUGGCCAAAGAUGCCAGGGCCAUCGGUGACGAAGACCGAUUACUGAAAGCAAACGAGCUUUUGGCUAAUGUCGAGGUCGAUAUUGGAUCCAUUGAACUGGGUGAACCGGCGUUAACUGCAGAAUGUGAACGCGUUUAUCAACGUGAGCUGGAGAGGGAGAAAGAAGCUCUGGAGAAGACUCGAACUACGAAUGAUCAAAGCAAGGACAUGCCUCCGCCUCCGAUCGUGUCAAAUGUACCACAUGGAAAUGCUUCAGGCCCUUCAACAUUGACCAACUCCACAGGGCCAAUCUUACUUGGUGAGCCGAUGCAGCGGAAAUACGAUUUUGUUCAACGGCUGGCUCCAACCGCGCAACAAGCAAAUUCAUCGACUUCGCUGGUCACCAAUGGGAUACAUUUGAGUCAUCAUGAAUCGGGUGAUCGUGAAUUGACCAACGGAUCCCACUCCAAUCAAGGUGGGCAUGACGCCGAUGCGGAAGGAGAUACCCCCAUGGGUGGUGUUGAUUCACAUCUAACUUCAAAUGAAAAGAGCAACGAGACAGAGAAGACACGUACGACAAGCUCUUUCGGUAACCGUGAAUCUGCCCAACCAAGGCCGUUCCAUUCGUACACAGCCCCUUCACAACGUUUAUUGAAGGAGUCCGGCAUGUCUGCCCCUCGUUCUCAAACAGGACCGUUUACCCCCAUGCCCCAUGGAAGUUCAGCCGCCGAGUUCCAAAACGAUGCAAGCACUACGCAGUCGACAACCGAAAAGAAAGUCUCUUCCGGCGAGAUAGCAGAGCAAGGAAAUCAUCAGGAUAUGGGCCCCAAUCUGUUUCUUUUUGACGAGAGGCGAUCUGCAGGAGGUAGCCAGAUCCCGUCUACCCAAGGUACGCGCUGCCCGUCGUUUUUCAAUUAUCGUGUUCCCCGUUACGUGCCCUCAAUGCGGACAAAAGAUAUCAUUGGUCUAAUCGUCAACUCAGGUACUACCCAAUACUCACAACUUUCGGCAGGUGUGCAAUCUCAGCCUACAGGUGCUGGACAUACUCGACCGUCUUCAUCCCAAGGUCAAGGUAUGGGUCAAGGUCAAAGCCAAGCGCAACAGGACCGACUUUCCCAGCCCCCGACCGAGACCCGCCAUCCCAGCGGCCAGUACCAGAUCCAAGACUUACUUAACCCCUCCACCUCACCUCCUCUUACCUCUGCUCCUCGCCCGAAUCUUAUUCAAGUCGAGCAACGCAGCCUCGAUAAUUUCCAUGCCGAUAUCACGGACAAGACAUCCGGCCUCUCCGUCGAACAGCUCGAACAAGUCAAUUCGGUGCUUAUGGACACGUUGUGGAAGACGCGUGGCAGCUGGGAUCGUGCCGCCGUGCUCGUCCAAGUCUCGGACGCCUUCAACGAUGUCCUCAGCGACAUGGCCGACGCGGGCCAGGAGUUUGCGCCCGGCAGUUGGGGGAGGAAGAGCCGUGACUCGUGA